ACAGCUGAGCGCGCGCUCAGUCCGCGCGUGGAUGUCGACUUGCGAGCACGCCUCUCACCCAGCUGACGUGAACAAGCGAGCGGGGAGGGAGGACAUGCUCCGAGUGUGGGAGCCUGCGUGCUGGUAGCACUCCGCCCGGAGGCGCGGAAGGAAAAUAGUCCUCGCCCACCUUGACGACGCGACGGCGCGCGUUGCAUGUGGAACCGUUGAACGCCUCUUCGACCCGCUGUUUUUUAUUUCUUUAUUCGAAUGCCUCGCGCGUGGGGGCGCUCCGGCGGUGGGCAGGUGAUGACGACAGUGAGCGGCCUGCGCAUGCGCGCGAGAAGGCGCAGCGCCGGCGCGGACGGCUGUCAGUCGUUGUCAUGGCAACCCAAUCGCAGCGUGACGCGACGCACCGCUAGGAUCGCCAGGGAAGUGUACUCGGUGUGGUAUGGCCGCGUCGGAACGACCAGCUGCAUUCCAUCCGACAAGGUCCAGCAGCUGUUCAAUGACAUGCAACUGUUUCCAUCCAAGUCUCAAGUGUAUGAGAUGCUGCAGUGUGCCAAAGAAUGUGCCAACCGUAACUCGGCAGCUUACCUCACAUUUGGCGAGUUCUGCAUCUUUGCAACAGAGCUGAAAAGAUGUUAUGAGCGUGGCAUACCCCGUCCCGUGCAGCUGUCCAGACUACUAGAUAGAGAUGGGGAAGAAAAGAGACGGAGGAGUAGGAAAAUGUCAAAAGGCAUCCCCAAAUACGAAGUGUUCCUGGGUGGAUCGUGUAACCCUACAACAUGGAGGCAAGAUAUUGCCAUCCCCAUGUUGAAGAGUCUUGGCAUCACCUACUAUAACCCGCAGGUGGCUCACUGGGGUCCGGAACUGAUUGAACUGGAGUACCAGGCGAAACAGAAUGCGGCAGUCCUGUUCUUCGUGAUAGACAACCAGACGAGGAGUGUGGCCGGCAUGAUCGAGGCAGCUCACAUAUCUGGUCGCAGGCAGAAAUUGAUCCUCGUGAUCCACCCGUACCAGGGCCCAGGGCAGAAGAUCUGGGGCGAACCCAUCUCGCACGACGAGUACGAGGAUCUAAGCUUGGGCCAGAUGAUGCUCCAGGACUUGGUGGAGAGGCAGGGCAUCCCGGUGUUCGAGAGCAUCCCGGCCGCGCUCAACUGCACAGCCAAGGUGCUGCGGGAGAACAUCUCCAUCCACGACCUCAGCCUCAAGGACUUUGUGCAGCCCGUCAAGAUGGCGUACGUCCCUUUGGGGGACAAACUCAUAAAGCUCAGGGAAGCUUUUGAUGCACUUGACACAACAAAUUCAGGAGAGCUUUGUUUAGCGGAUGUUUGCAUGGCAUUCAGAAUCCUGACGAACAGGGACCUGUGCCUAGAAGAUUUGAGGAGUAUCGUGGUUGGUCAGACAGGCGUGCUCGGGAAGGACGUGCAGAGCAUCCCCUUGGAGCAGUUGCGUGUCAACUUUGACGAGUUCUGCGCCAUCGUGGCGGAGUUCAAGUGCUGCGAAAGUGAGGCUCGCAAACUGUGGGACUCGUUCAUAGCCAAAACCUCUCGCCUUUUCCAGGCCAUAGUGUCGCCCCUGACCAGGGUCCUAGAGUGGGCGCUGUCGCGGCCGCUGAGGAACCUGCCGGUGGGCACGCCGCCCAACAACCAGGGCAACUGUGUGCGGGACGUGUACCUGGGUGGCUGCACAGAGGCUACCACUUGGAGAGAGGAUGUUGCCAUUCCCAUGCUCAAGAAGAGUGGUCUGACGUUCUUCAACCCUCAACUGUGCCAGUGGAACAACCGACUGAUCCCCAUUGAGGCAGCGGCAAUGGACAACAGCUACGUUCUGCUGUUCGUCAUACCCAGCACAUCUCGGUCCCUUGCAGCUAUGACCCUGGCAGCUCACUACAUCGGCCUGGGCUGCAGUGUCGUGUUGUGCGUGCAGCUAUUGAGCGAGGACUCUGUCCUUGGCAAUGAAAAGUUGUCAAUGUUGGCUGUGAAAGAUUACAACAGAGGGCGCAUGUACCUGUCGGACCUGGCGAACCGGGAGGGCAUCCCUGUGUUUGAAGACGUGGCGGAGGCUGUUGAUUGUGUCAUUCAGAAGUGCAGCAGGCGAUAGCGACGGUUUGCCUCCUUAGCGCCAUUCAGAACUGAGCUGGUCUCGCUCACUACUUUACUCAUCACAGUGGAUUCAGAAUGCAAGAAGGGAGAGUUACUCUGGUUCAUGGAGCACUCGGCAUUUUAAUUUUGCUUGCGAUCGUUACUUAAAAACUAGUCUUAACUGCUAACCUCAAGUUCACUAACCUCGAGUACCUUAAACCUAAAAUAGUUGAGCAUUUCGGGGAGUGUUUCAUUCCGAUCCUCUUCCAUCUGCACACCUAUUUUGCUCACGAUAUCCUUUCCCUGCUCCUGGCUUCCUACACCGCAAGACACAUUCCUGGUGGCAGUAUGUUGAGCUCCGUGGGCCAAGAGUAUUGGACGUGCUAUAGUUUUUGAAGCAGCUACCUCAAGAGGACAGACUAAAUGCUUAUACAGUGGCAGGAAUUGUUCGCGGGACGACAGUGGCGUGCCCAGUCCGUCUCAACCCAUCCCACCCAAAACAAGGAAAUGGUUUCAGCACGCUAACCAUGCCAAGAUGUGCCCAUGUACCUGCGAAGCUUGGAGAACAUACAAGUACAGAAUUUUCCUCUCUUAAGAUUGCAGCUCUGUUAGAAUAUACCAGUAGGUUCUCUUAAAUGUUGUAUUUUAGAAUAUGCACCACUAUAGUUAAGUCUCCAUUCAGGAUUAAAGUUUUGUUAGAAUUAAAUUUUCUUUGUUAUUAAAGAAGAUUUAAAACUGCUGACUUUUAGCUGAAUGUACACAUUUUGCAUUUCAACAUAUAUUUACAGAAAUAAAAUAGGCUCACUUUUUAGAAUGGUAGUAUUUUGUAGUGAAAUGCAUGAUAACUUGAAUGGUCCUGUGCGAUUUAUGCCAAAGCUUGGCUGAAACCAGACACAUGAAUGUGAGGAUAGCAAUGUACCUGAUGACAAUGUGAAGUUUGAUGUGGGAUUUGUGGAUUCAGUUGGCAUAACAAGUACUUACAGACAUUGCAUUUAUAAAUGUAGUAUAUAUAGGAACUCUAUCUAGGUAAAUUUUGUGUGUACAUAAUAGCCAUUAGGAAUGAGUUGUGUGUCUUCUAUGUUAUGUUUCGAGUGCAAUUAUUUUAUCUGUUCUGUGUACAAAAUUAAGAGUUUUUAUGCAGCUCAGAAGUAUCAAUUGCAUCGUGUAUUGAAUGCUUGCUGGUAAUGCCAAAUUUGAGAGUAGGUUUUGAUUUUUUUCACUUCUUGCAUCACAUUUGUUAUAUUAAUGUUUUAUUGUGCACACAUUUUAAAAUCCAUUAAUAUUUUAGACUGUAUGUAUCCUUUAAAGAAAAUAUUCUCUUCAACUUGGCACCAACAACCAGUAGUUGAGGGGUUGUAUUUUAUAUUCGUAUGUAGUCUGAUUUUGAUUUUUUAACUUGUGUGUUCUCCUUACAGAUGUGCUUAAAAUGUUGAUAUUACGUAAUUUUUAUGUGGUUAUAUUAAUGUUCAGAUUUAAUUUUUGUUACUGUGAAAUCUUUUUUAUUACACUUGUGAACAAUUAAUGUUAUUAAAUGAAUGUAAUAUAGUGGCUGGUCUCACUAAUUUUUUUUAACUUGUGUAUUUAUUGAAGAAUGCCCAUUAAAAUUACUAAGUGAACCACUGCAUUAAAA